AAGUCAGACGCUGGACCAACUGAGCCAGCCAGGCGCCCCUGGAAAUUUUUUUAAUUGACUCAAAAAUACAUAUAUUGCUUAAGACCCUUUCUCAGGUCAUGUACAUAGAAAACUGAGAUCAUUUGCCAGAAGCAGAAAAUUGACCACAGAAAUAAAUGUUAGAAGAGCGUUAAAUUCUGUCUGGUCAUCUUCCAUAAAGGCUCUAAGCCCAAGCCUGCUCCUGCUAUGCUCUUUUCUGUUAAAGAGGAACAUCAUCCACGUUUGCAGUGAUACUUAGAGCACCAAAUACAAUCUUUCUCCUUGUAGGAUCUGAAAGACUGAAAGGAGAAAGGGAUUGUUGUCUGCUAAGAGGCAGGCCUUAUUGCCGAUGGCAAGUGGAAACGCCUCGCCCACCACACUGGCAACCACAGGUUCUGUGGUCAAUAGAUCCUGGUUUUUAUUGUCUGCCUGGUGGACCCCCUAGCUGUUUCCCAUGAGCAGCUGAUGUCCGGACUCCGAGCUUCAUUUUCUUCCCGUGUAAGGGAAGAAUUCCUGUAUGGUAGUACUGUGGUAUUCAUGGUUGACACACGCCACCACCACCAACACACACCCACUGUCAGGCCCCCAGGAGGCACUAUAAACUCAGCAAAUACUUGCCGAGUACCUGUCGUGCUAAAUACUCUUCUUGGCACAGGAUGCGCAGUGGUAAAUGAAAUCGACGAGCUAACUGCAAAUACCGUGUUCUGAUAAAACAACUGGGGUGAAAAAAAAAACAAAACGGGUGAUGGGGCUGGGGAACAGUCCCGGGUGAUCAAGGAAAGCCUAUCAUCAGACGUGACUGGAGCAGGGCUGUUUCUCCCAUCCAUGGUGGCGGUGCUGAGUAUUGGGUGCGUGGAAAUGGCUGAGGUCCAGGCUUUGCCCCUGAUGAAAUCUUCCCCACCCUCAAGCCCAUGUGCGCCCAAUCCACUUCCCCCUCACAAAAGUUUGGACUUGAGGCCAUAGGUGAGAAUGCCCGAGGCCGGGAGAUGGCCACCCAGGAGAAUGACUUUGGGCACGGGGAUCAUUGGAGACGCAGUUUUAGAGGUUGAGACUUGAGUUCAAAUCCCCCCUCAGUUUUCUCCUGACCUUCAGCAGCAGACAACUCCACGCUCAGUGAGUGACGGGUGUGAGCCUGGAGCCAAAUCUGGCCCCUCCGUUCCCCGGCUCUAACCUUGGGCAAGUUUCUGAAGGCUGUCCCCUGCCAUUUCCAUGGCGAGUGGGGUUAUAACAGCCCUCUUAAGGUGAUGCAGAGUGUCCCUUUGAGUUAAGAUAAAAUUUAGUGCUGAGUGCUCUAUUAAAUAACUGUUAGCUUUCCUGGUCCCUAUUUUAGUAAGGGGAGGCUCUUAGAAAUCGCUCAGCCCAGGUCACCCAGUCAGGAAGUGGCUUGUGAAGAUAAAUAAGGAUUAUGGUAGACCAUUGCUAGCCGUAAGCCCCAGCAUAAAAUACUUGGUUCUUGAGAGUGGGGGCUGUGCCUGGCGAUCAAAAGGCUGCCUUGUUCUGUCCUUGAGCACAGGAAAUUCCAAGGUAGUUUCUGUACUAGCUCCCUGUUUUCUGUUCUUGGAGGGGGCAGCGGAGGGGCCCAGGUACCCAAGCAGCCUCAAGAGAAGAUGGGAUUAAAUGUCUCAACCUGCCUGUCUGGGCCUCUGAUUGUUGAGGAGGUGGGGGGGGGGGUGGCUGUCACUUGGAGUGGCCUGGGCUGCUUUGGGCCUAUCUGGGCGUUUCCUUGGGCAGGCAGCCCUCACCCUGUCCUUGAAAUGGUUCUGGCUGGGUAGCAGCCUCUAGGUGUUGUGGGCGAAAUUUGGGACUGGUUAAGGGCGGAGACAGGACCAAGAACACAGGUUUCCUUGUGUUGCUGGAGAGAGGGAGGGCAGAAGGAAAUUGGAGACCCCAUUUCCCCCUUGGUCACUCUCUUGCUUGGAGUCCAUGAUGGCUGGGUUGCCAGUGUUCCUCGGUGUCGUUUUGCUGUCUGCCUUCCCGGGGCCUAGUGUCGGGGGCCGUGCCAUGCCCAAGCUGGCUGACCGCAAGCUCUGUGCCGAUGAGGAAUGCAGCUACCCCAUCUCCAUGGCCGUGGCCCUUCAGGACUACGUGGCCCCUGACUGCCGUUUCCUGACCAUACACAGGGGCCAAGUCGUGUAUGUCUUCUCCAAGCUGAAGGGCCGAGGGCGGCUCUUCUGGGGAGGCAGUGUUCAGGGAGAUUACUAUGGAGAUUUAGCUGCUCGCCUGGGCUAUUUCCCCAGUAGUGUUGUACGUGAGGACCAGACCCUGAAACCUGGCAAAAUCGAUGUGAAGACAGAUAAAUGGGAUUUCUACUGCCAGUGAACACAGCAUACCACUGUCCCUGCUGUUUUUUUCUUCAAGGCUUUAUGCAAAUAUAUCAGCCAAGUGCAAAAUGCGGGUCUCUGUGAUCUUUCGGGGGGAGCGGAAGGAGGUGUAACAAAGGAAAUGUUUCCCCAGGUUCCUGAAUUUAGCCAGUCAGCCCCCUGACUGUGGUAACGUCAGUGGUUGCUAGGCAGAGUUCCACAGACUAAAAGCUCUUUGCUCCAUGCUGGGUACCGGAGGUG